CUCUUUAAAGUAGGAAAGGCCUCAAAUCCCCACCAUCGGACGCAGCGGGAGAGCAUCCGACGACGGCGUCUCCAGAGGAGCGACGAGUGCGUGACCCCCUGCGUUUUAUCUCUGCAGUUCCACUUCAACCCGGCCCAGUCCGUCCUGGUGAUGGAGGGGGAGGACUUGGAGAACACAAACGCCGCCGUGAGGAAAGUCUCCUACAUAAACUCUCGUCAGUUCCCCACCUCGGGGGUCCGGCGCCUGCGGAUCUCCACCGCCGUCCAGUGCUUCGGUGAAGACACCUGCAUCACCAUCCCGGACAUCGACGCGGUGGUGAUGGUGCUGCAGCCCAGUGAGCCCCGGAUAACCAUCACGGGGGCGGAGCGCCUGAAUCGCCCCGCCUCCGACUUCCGGGCGCCGGCGGGCGCGGCUCUGUUUAAGGACCUGCACAUCGUCAGCGCCGUCACCAGAGCGGACGCCACCACCCUUCACGCAGCCCGGCGACCCGGCGUGCAGGAGGAGAUCAUCCACAACUUGGACUACUGUGACAUCCUGGUGUUGGGCGAGGAGCUGAGGCCGGAGCAGGAGUCCCUCCAGCUGAAGCGCAGCGCUCUGCUGGGAAAACACCUGGACGCCACCAACUCCACCUCCGGCAUGUCCGUGUACGGCGUGGACUCCAUGUCCAACUACGAGCAGGUGAUCCGACAGGUGCGUUACAGUAAUGUCCUCCCCGGGCAAAUAACGGAGAGACGGUUCCGCCUCACCUGCUCGGAGCUCAACGGCCGCUACACCAGCAACGAAUUCAACCUGGAGGUGAGCGCGCUCCACAGUGCCGAAGCGGCGCCGCGCGUCAAUCACCUGGUGGCCCCGCCUCAGUACAUGCAGGUGAUGCGCCACCCGUCCACCAUGCAGGACCUGUACCCGGGCCACGGCUCAGCCGCGCCGAGCGCCGCCACCGUGGCGAUCGUGAUGUGCAUCGCCGCCCUGGUGGCGGUCAUGGUGCUGGGCGUCUACCGCAUCCACCUGACCCACCAGCAGGAGGUCAAGCUGGCGGAGACGGCGAGAGACGCCGAGGAGACCUGGGACGACUCCGCCCUGACCAUCACGGUCAACCCGAUGGAGAGUCUGGCGCAGCCGCACGCCGCAGAGGAGGAGGCCAGCGAGGAGGAGGAGGAGGAUGAGGAAGAUGAUGAGGAGGAGGACGAUGACAUCACCAGCGCCGAGUCAGACGACAGUGAAGACGAAGCGGACGUCCAGUUACCCAGGAUGCAACGCCAGAGCAAGAGGGGACAGAACUGGGACAAAACAACGAUAUCUUAUUGAGACGCACCUUCACAGUCACUCACACUCGCACACAACGUGCACACAAUGUGCAACACGUCCCCUGAAACCUCAAAUCAGAUGGUUGAAAUACAAAGACUAUGUAAUGUUGAUGCUCUAAAAAUGAGGUCACAGCGCCCCCUGCUGGAAGACGCCACUGCAACACAACGAUUUAACAACAAAAACUAAUCACAUUUUAUACAGCUGAUCAAAAAAGACACAAAACUAAAACCGCUCGUCUGUCAAAUGACUUUUAUCCGUCUUAAGGGGACAGCUCACCAAAAUAAGGGCGCACCCUAAAAGCACCUCUGUCCCGUCGCAGUCUUUAGUGAAAUGUAGUUCUUUAAAUCUCAUUUUGUCGAUUGAACCCUGCUAUGUAUGUUCAGUUUAAUGUCACGUGUUCCACGGGGAGAUUUAUAAACGUUUAUUUAAGAAAACUGAGUUGCAAGAGUAAAGAAACAGACUAUUUUUUGGUUUGUAUACUUCAUGUUAUUUAUCAGCCUACGAGGCGCAGCCAGGGGAUUUUUCAGAAAUAGCAUAUUUUCAAUGGUAAUCAAAAAAAAAAAAAGAAAAACAUUUAUCGGUGUCGUCAUGGUGAUAUAGCCCGGGGGUCCGGGGUGUUUUUUUUUGUUGGGUGGGGGGGUAAACAGGAGUCUCCUUGGACAUUUUUAUACGCUCCUUGUAAAUAUUGAGUAUAGUAGGUCCACUCGACUCCCUGACACCACUUUCUCCACCUGGAAGCGUCCUCUCCACCUGUACAACAGCAACACACGCCCCCUCUUCACCAUGUUUGUAUGUUUUGUGGGGGGCCAGUUUCUCCUCCCGUGUUCAGGUCAUCCCGGCCGGUGAGGGUGGAGGUGCCACCGCCCGUGUGAGACGUCUCAGACCUCGUUAAUGCUGCAUGGAAGGGGGGUGUCCCUUCUGACACUGUCAAAUCAAUCAAUCAAUCACAAUAACCUUAUUUUUAACUCAAAUUAUUCUAGUUUUAUUUUUUACUGAAAUUGUUUAAAUGUUAUUUAUUAUUAAUGUUAGUUUUAUUUUUUUAAAGAAUCCUUUAUAUCAAAGAUUUAAUCUAAUAGAAGACUUUUAGGUCUAAAACAUAAAGCCUCUAUUUAUUUCUAUCACAUCAAUAUAAAGUAUAAUAACUACAACUUCUGUCCCCCAUAGUGAAGUGCAGCAUCAAUGGACACGUAGAUCCAAAGUAACGUGGCGCCACUUGAACCCUCUUCGUCCGCAGUCCCACAGGCCGAGACUUCACAUCAGAAGGGCAUUCCCCUCUGGCACCCUGGGGGGCUCUGACGUGGUGUAGCCGCUGGGAGAACCUCCUCUGUGUGUGUGUGUGUCUUCAUGUCAGGAUCUCGUGUGUUGUUUAAGAGUUUCACCUGUUCUUGUGACAUCCCCCCCCCCCCCCAUGCUCCCUCCCCUGGUGGAUUUUGCAUCAGCCCUUCUGUUGUCCUGACGUUGGUUCUAGAAGAGGGGGACGAUGAGAUUAACUUGGAGACCUUGUGAAAUGUGUAAAAGUUCUUUUUUUCUCUGGACUCUUUGGUCGGCUUUUCUUUGGAAUGGUCACUGCAGCACUUUCUGUAAAUCGGCCAAUAAAAACUUGUUUUGGAAUCUA